GGGUAGAAUGCUCUUCGCAAAAGCCUGCCGUCGGAAACAACAAGAUAACUUUUCAUAUUGUAUAGGAUUAGGCUAAUAUAAUUAUUUUUAUCUCAAUUCAUUCGUAUUAGUAGGCUUUGGAAGAAUAGACUCAAGUACUUCGAUGAUUGAUCAAGAAAUGAUUACUCAAUUAUUAUUAUUGUAAAUUUGUCAAUAAUGCAUGUAAUUAAGAAGGUCUUGAAGACUGUUCAUCUGUCAUAGGAAAUCAGAUGUUUGCAGACAAGACAAUACUAAUAUUAUUACUCAUACAAAAACAAGACAGGAUUGACAAAACUAAAUUCAGGCCAAACAAGUUUAUUUCUGUUUUUGUGAUUUAACUUCUCAACAGUCAAUUGUAUUCUAUAAGGCAACAUGGUUUACAUAGGAUCAGACGGACACAUCAGCCAAGGCUCAAAACCAUGGGGCUUGAGUCGUUUGAUUGACACACUAUGGGCCCCAUUGAACUUCAUUGCUUUUUUUUUCCAAACACUAAUCCCUGGAGGCAAUAACUCUGGAGGAGCUACUCGAUAUUCAAUUGGAGGAACGUCGGCUGGCUCAAGUGGUUCAGCUUCAAGACGUCCUCCUGGCAACGGUGGUUCCUCAAGAUUUCGCACCAUUUCCGAUGUAGCGCCACCUAUGCCUUCUUGCCGCAGCUGCAUGUGAAUCCAACAAUGAGUCAACGGAAUCUCAAAAUUAUUUAUAAGAGCUCCUUCCUUAUUUCUUUUCACAAAUCGUGUUUUCUUUCGUUCUUCCAAUUUUUCUAUUUCAUAUGAGUUUUAUAACUGCUACUGUUUUUAAAAUUAGGUACACUCUUGGAGCUAUAAAGGAAAAGGAUAUUUGUCCGAGGAAGAGACAAAUAUUCCAAUAUUCUCUGUUAUUAAUAAAUGUUGUUUUAUUGAUAAAUAUGUAUAAUUCCAUGAAUUGUCGAGACCAAGUUAAUGUUUGUUCUAUUAAUUUGUAAUACUGGGAACUAUACAAAUAAAAAUGUAUGCUUGGGUGAAAAAUAAUUUAUUAUCAGCCUAUAGUACUACUAUCUAAGAUGUAAGAUUAGAAAACUAACUGUUAAUAAUAAAAGUUUCCAAUUUUAUUACUAUCGA